CUUUCCGCGGAAGAGACCUUCGUCUUCUGCGCCCUACGAGGAACAACCGAUGCCGAACUCCUGGACGAUCUUCUAAAACUGGAAAAGAAAACGUUGAAAGAUAUCGAGAAUGCGGCCAACUUAUACGAGAGCAAAUUAGUGUCCCGCGCCAAACUAAACUCAAAGCAAGACGCGGUGAUGAAAAUAUCUCCAAGCCAUCGACAACAUCGCUCCAACGCCAACGCCAGGCCCAAACCGAAGCAAAAGUCAGAUCCGCCAAAGUCCAAGCGUCCGCCCACUCGUCCUGCCCGCCCGUCCACCAUCCGAGAGAUGAAAGAGCAAGGUCUUUGCACGAGAUGUGGCAAAUCCGGACACGAACCCAUCGAGUGUUCGUACGAACGCGACGUCAUCUGUAACCAUUGCGGCAUACGAGGCCACAUUUCUCCAGCGUGCCUCGGCAGAACCAAGGUCAACGCCAUCGAAAAACGAAGCCCCUCUCCCUCCAGUUGUUCCGAGGCGUCCGAUUGA